AUGACCGAUACCACCGGAAGGAUCCCUCUUUGGUUGAUAGGCCUUUUUGCGGGUAUUCUCAUUAUUGGUUUAAUAGGUAUUUUUUUUUACGGUUCUUAUACGGGAUUAGGGUCUUCCUUAUAA